AACACAUGAAAAUCCACACUGGAGAGAAGCCGCACACAUGUGAUCAGUGCGGAAAGAGAUUCACACAAAAAGGAACCCUUAAGAAACACAUAAAAAUCCAUACUGGAGAGAAGCCACACACAUGUGAUCAGUGUGGGAAGAGUUUCACACGAAAAGAAACCCUUAAAGAUCACAUGAGGAUCCACACUGGAGAGCCGCUGCACACAUGUGGUCAUUGCGGGAAGAGUUUUGUACUAGCAGUCAGUCUUAAUUCACAUCUGCGUUCUCAUUUUGGAGGUCAUCAAAGAUCCUUUAACUGUGAUCAGUGUGGUAAAAAUUUUCGUUGGGCACAAUCCCUGAAGGAGCACCUGACCAUUCAUACACAGGAGAAGCCUCAUGUGUGUUCUUUGUGUGGAAAGAGUUUUUCACGACUGUAUACUUUAAAAAUACACCAGAAACGACACAGUAGUGUGAAGAGUCAUAUGUGCUCCGAUUGUGGGAAGUCCUUUUUUACAGAUGGUCAAAUGAAGCUGCACCAGAGAAUUCACACUGGAGAAAAACCUUACAAGUGUUCACAGUGUGACAAUAGAUUCAGUCGGGUGGAAUCUCUGAAAACACAUGAGAGAAUUCACACUGGAGAAAAACCUUACAAGUGUUCACAGUGUGACAAUAGAUUCAGUCGGGUGGAAUCUCUGAAAACACAUGAGAAGAUCCACACUGGAGAGAAGCCAUCCGGCUGA